GGACCAGCAACACCAACAAGGUGACUCCAGAGAGUUUAAACAGAUUUCCAGAGAGCUUUCAGUGGCAUAGCUAUAGCAGGGUAUCAAAAAGUUAUUCAAGUUUAGUUGGUCGCUUUGGGUACAGCCAGUGAGAUUAGCUAAACAAGAUAGUGGUUAGUUUGCAGCCGGGGAUUGGAAACACAAGGUUUUUUUCAAAAAUAUGGAGGAUUUUGAAAGUCUUCAUUCAAUUGUGGAAGAGUUUGGAAUCAAGGUAGUAAGCUUAAGUAUGUUUGAUCUUGGUCAUUUUAUAGGUUGCGAAUAUGUCCAAUUGGACGAGGUUCCGAUUGGAUUUGGAAAUAUGGGGCAGAUGCCGGUGUUAACUGAUGCCCAGGGUAAUGUUAUUGAAGGGUUGAAUUCGAAGCAAGGAAUUGAUGAGGAUAUGCACUGUGAAAGCACCAACUCGAGUGAGAUGGCUCCUAUGGGGGUUGCUAGUGUUUCGACUGAUCCAUUUUCGAACUUGGAGAUUAUAACAAGCAGUAAUGACGGAGAGCCAAUACCGAGCUCACCACCCCAGAUUAUUAGUAGUGUUAAUAAUCAGCUUUCUUCUCAAUUUAUUGAUUUUAGUUCAGAUAAGUUGAAUUCGUUUUAUGCCAUGAAUUCGGAACCGUUUGACUUAUGAGGACUUGUAUAUAAGACUACAUAGUUAUGAUGAUGAUAAUAGUAAUAAUAUGAUGAUUAAG